CAAUGAUUUCCUCUCCCGUCCAUUGUUUGAGAUUUUCAAGAAGAGAUUUCCCAGCGUCCGCAUGUACCAUCACUGUUGUGCAUUGCGUCAAGGGAUAUAAGAAAAGGAUUAUUUGGGAGUAUUUUUCCAGGGCAGUGACAUUGUGCCUACCCUUAGUAGAGGUGCAAAAUGUGACGGCUCAGAAGCAGCAACUCUAUUUUCCUGUCCACCAGUGUGUUUGAGUGGGGACCUCCACUCGCUGUCUGGACAGGACAUGUUUGAAGUCAAACCUCGGACAAUUGAGAAGAAAGAGUCGAGCACUGAGACAGAUGAGGGGCUCGGCAGUAGUAGUAAGCAAUGCGGUUCAGGGUCAGUCGGCUCUGGUUCUGUCUACCUGUCAGACAGCCAGGACUGGGUGGUCUCUCCAAGCUGCUCUCCAGACAAGGCCCCCAGCCAGCACAGCGCUAUCUCCCCCAUGUUAGCUGAUGAGACCUUCCGCUAUAUGAUUCUCGGUGCAGAUCGUCUGGAGCAGAUGACCAGGACCCACAAUGACAUUGACGUGGUCACACAUCUUCUGGCCGAGAGGGACAGGGACUUGGAGCUGGCCGCUCGCAUCGGUCAGUCACUGCUGCAGAGAAACAACCUGCUGCAGGAACGCAAUGAGGCCAUCGAGGAGCAGCUGGCACAGGCAUUGGAUCAGGUGCAUCAGCUGCAGCAUGAACUGAGUAAGAAGGAUGAGCUGCUGCGGAUAGUGGCAAGUGCUUCGGAGGAGUGUGAGACCGACUCCAGCUGCUCCACUCCAUAUGGCCAGCCUCAGUCAAUGGGGACAGCCACUGCAGCCGCUGCCCUCAGCCAGCUGGAGGCGCUGCAGAGCAAGCUACAGGAGGUGGAGGAGGAGAACCUGGCACUGAGGUCCGAGGCUCGCCAUCUGAAGAGGGAGACCAUCACCUAUGAGGAGAAGGAGCAGCAGCUGGUCAGUGACUGUGUCAAGGAGCUGCGUGAGUCCAACAGUCAGAUGGUCUCUCUGACGGACGAGCUGGCUCAGAAAAAUGAGGAACUGCUCAGGCACCAGGAGGAGAUCGCCCAGCUUCUGUCCCAGAUAGUGGAGCUCCAGCACAGGGUGAAGGAGUUGGCUUUAGAGAAGGAGGAGCUGAGGAUUCAUCUGCAGGCCUCCAAAGACGCCCAGAGAGAGCUCACGGUGGAGCUGAACGAACUAACGGAGCGGAAUGCAGAGUGUGUUGGGAUGCUUCAUGAGUCCCAGGAGGAGAUCAAGGAGCUGCGCAGUAAGAACACGCCCUCUGCUGGAAUGCACAGACACCUGUCAUAUGGCCUCUACCCCAUGGAUUCUCUAGCAGCUGAGAUUGAGGGCACCAUGAGGAGAGAGCUGAGUGUUGAAGAAGAAAAAACCUUUCAAGACCAAAGAACUUUCCAGAAGAAAGUCUUCCAUACAGUGCGUGCCGUCAAUGCUUCAGCAACUCGUGCAUCUUCAGCCACGCCCCCUAUCCCGGGUUCAGGGCACAGCUCUCUGGUGAUGACUGCACAGCCCUUCCAGUCAGCUCAGGAAGAAGAAGUACAACUUGGUCAGCCGGGCUCCCCGGGGAGGAACGACCUCAGCAGGGCCCUCCAUCGCUUGUCGUUGCGGCGGCAGAACGUCCUGUGUGAACGUCAGUUUUUCCGGGCGGAGCGUGAGAGGCAGACACAGACCUCGGCUGGGGUAGAAGCAGAGGGGGUGAGCAGCCACUACAGCUCACCAGCGGAGAGUGCGCACUCCUCUUUCUCUAACCUGUCAGAGCUGUCCAUCUCCUCCAGUGUGUUCAAGACCUUCCUGCCUGAGAAGCUGCAGAUAGUCAAGCCCAUGGAAGGCUCACUGACCCUCCACCACUGGCAGCAGCUAGCGAAGCCCCAUUUGGGCACCAUUCUGGACCCCCACCCUGGAGUGGUGACCAAGGGUUUCCGCCCACUGCCCCAGGAUGCCAUAUACCGCCUUACAGACCUGGAGGAGGAUGAGGAGGAUGAAGAGCACAGAGGGAGGAUGGACAGGGCUUUGGGGAAGGGUGCAGCAGGAGAGGACAUGGAAGAGGAGGAUGAAGGAGGUAUUACCUUCAAGGUGUAUUGUUCAUCCACACCGGAAGAGAAGAAUCAAAGAAAGCCUGUGGGGUCACCGUUCCUCCUCCCACCCCUCUCUCCCAACCUGUGGACUCAGCCAGUUGUCAUCACCUCCUCUGCCAUAUCUGACCUUUCCUUUACCUCUGGACCUUGUCAUGUCAGCAAGACACCCAGUUUAUCAGUGCAGCCUACCCCUGUGGCCUCUCCAGCUCCCAGUCAACCAGAGAGCCAAAAUAGCUUCUCCACAGCAUCAUCCUUAUUAUCAUCCUCCGUCCAAAUCCCAGGGAAGUGUCAGAGCUCUACGUUCUCCACCUAUACCUUCACCACCUGCCGCAUUCUGCACCCCAGUGACAUCACACAGGUCAUCUCCAGUUCUUACUCCCAGUACCCACUCUUGACCAACACCCCCAGCUCCAUGAGGUCAGGCCCCAGCACACCGGUGACUCCCUGCAGACUGAGUCUGGGUGACUCUUUCCCUCCACGCCGCUCCACCUUGCCCCCAAGUGGACUGGCCAAGCUGGUCCUUGAGAAGGGCAUUUCUGCACAGGUCUCUACAGACAAACUCCCUACGCCACCCAAACUGGCUGCCAGGCAGCCCCUCUGCCAUCUCCUCCCAAGCACACCUCCCAACUCCCCUUCCAGGUCACAUGCCCCCUCCCUUGUGCCCAUUGAGUCAGGCUCGGUCCCAGCUGACAACUUCCUGGCCUCACGGCCAACUGAGCUCUUCCUCCAGGAUGUGUAUGGGCUGAAUUUAGGACGUGCGCCACGUCCAGACCUGCCAAGUCCCUCCCAAAAAAAUACAGCCCUUGACUCAUCCCCCACUGAGAAAUCUGCCCAAAGCCAGCAUGACACAGUCAGUGUUGGCCUGGUGGAGAGGCUCUGUAGGCUGGGAUUUGCCACUGUCUUACAGAGUGGCGAGUCUAAGGCUCCACCCCUGCGCCAAGAUUCAUCCACUCUUGUGGCGGCAAGCGGAGGGAGCCUAUUGGGCGGGCUAAGACGAAACCAGAGUCUCCCUGCCAUGAUUGGUGCAUGGGCAGAUGUGUCAUCUGCUAAUCCCUCCCAAACCAUCUUCCCCCCAAAUCAUCCUCCUCCUCACCCCACUUCCCUAGCCCUCCCUUUAGCCCCAUGGGGAGACCGUAAAGAAUGAUGCAAACAACCCACAACCCUGUCACAUACCCCCUCCUAGCUCAGUCCGACACUGAGGGAAGGAGGUGGGUGAACUGGGAGUGGGAAAGAUGCACCCAGUCCUCUGCUUCCUCUUUCCUUUGUUUCUCCCUCCGUUUGUGCUCCCUGAAACUGGGCAUCCUUUUUAUGAAAUGAUUUUAAAGCACAAUGGAAUUGACUAUUUUACUGAUAAUAUUGUGUGUGUGUGUGUGUGUGUGUGUGUGUGUGUGUGUGUGUGUGUGUGUGUGUGUGUGUGUGUGUGUGUGUAGAUGUAUGCCAUGAGGCUGAUAAUGAAGGCAUUAACUUUCCUGUAAAUUAGUUAAAUGGCUGAUCCCAACUCUGCCAGCACCUUCCCAGGGUUGUGUGCAGUUCUCAGCUCAGUUGUGUGUCUCUUCUGUAAGGCUCUGGAUGCACACUUGGGUAGAAGAGAAGAUGUGAGAGAAGAAAGGGUGGCAUGUAAGUGGAUGAGAGUCUUUGGAUUUUGUAAACAUAGAAGUUUUGUCUCGUAACGGGAAGCUGGAAAGAAGAAAAUGGUUUGCCGUAUGUUUAUUGUUGUAGAGGAAAUGAGGGUGGGGGUUGUAGAGGUAAAGACAGACUGAGCAUCCAGAGCCUUCCUGUUAAAAGGGCUUGUCCUGUGUUGUAGUGGGUUAGAAAAAGCUUUAUUUAUUCGACAGUAACCACAAUAUUAGUACAUCUUGCUUGCCAGGUCUGUAGAGCAGGACCAACUGAAUAUGCUCAUAAGAGGACUGGCGGGUUUUUUGUCUUUUUUUCCAACAUUUGCCUCAGCAAAUAAAAACCUGGACAAGACAAGAAGGAAAUACUCCUCCUCAAAGUUUUGGAGUGUGCUAACUGGCUUGUUCUGGAAAGACAAAUAGGCUAUUGGGAAUUUAUACCCUGGUUGGAGCAAGCAAGUUGUACAUGCACCUUACCAGCAGGCCACAGCGGGUCCAGUACACAGCUUCCCCGGUGUAGUGGUCAUGAUUUGACAGCCAUCCUUUGUUCUACCAUUAUCUGUUGACUCUACAGUUUACAAUACACCACUGGGUGUCUGCAUAGCAUGACAAAAUCCACUUUGGGUGGACGGGAUGAGGUCAAACAACAAGAGCGCAGGGUUGAAACUUGCACUGUCCUGAAUACUUUUCCUGUUAAGCCAUGUUUGUAUAUAUUAGAGACUGUUCUUUGUCCCACGCCGCAGCAGUAACCAAGGCAUGCGGGAGAGGGGUACGCUUCCAAAUAAACUCUGGAGUAGUUCCUUUCCAGUGAGACAACAAUAUGACCAAUUCAUGAAAACACUUUGUGUGCAAUGUUAGUUGUUAGGCUGUGCUCCUGCAGGCGCUCAGUAGAGCCUUCAGAGAAGAACUUCUGCACAGAAGUCUGGAGAUGAUGCGUCCCCCGUCUGUUGACAUGCAGCUGCGCAUUUUCGAGUUUUGAUGCUUCACACUGACAGAUGACAGCCAAAUUCCCCCGCUUAAAAAUUCUGACCAAUGAGGCUAUUGUUUGCUGUGCAAUGCACUAUGGUUAACUGCAGCGAUGUAUUUAUCUGCAUUUAUCUUCAUGAAGGCUCCUUUAACAAAUGUGUAUCAAACGCUGGAUAACCACAAUAAAUGCAAAGACCUCUGA